AUCUGUCGAGGUGAGUAUAAAAGCAAGACACAGAGACACGUCAAGACACAACACCUGGGCCGAGGAGAUCUACACUUCAACUGAGAAGCACAAUAAGGAACGGAGAGGCAAGAUAAAGGAGGGAAGAGAAUCUUCAAAGAGGCUCAGAAGGUUAGAAGACACCGAGAACAUCCUUAGGCCGCCUGUCCUUUCAGGCUUUCAGAGAGUUCCUCUCUAACUCACAGCAUGGCCGCACACGAGCCUGUGUUCGCCGCCCGGCGCCACAAUGAAGACACCACAAGGGAGUCUGCAUUUGUCUACACAAAUGCUAAUAAUACAAGAGAUCCUUUUGAAGGACCAAACUAUCACAUUGCCCCUCGAUGGGUCUACAACGUAUCAUCCUUAUGGAUGAUCUUUGUUGUCAUUGCAUCAGUCUUCACUAAUGGUUUGGUAAUUGUAGCAACAGCAAAGUUCAAGAAGCUGCGACACCCUCUAAACUGGAUUCUGGUAAACCUGGCUAUAGCCGAUCUCGGGGAGACAGUUCUUGCCAGCACAAUCAGUGUCAUCAACCAGAUCUUCGGCUACUUCAUCCUUGGACACCCAAUGUGCGUUUUUGAGGGGUGGACGGUGUCUGUCUGUGGUAUCACAGCUCUGUGGUCUCUGACUAUAAUCUCCUGGGAGCGCUGGGUGGUUGUGUGCAAGCCAUUUGGAAAUGUUAAAUUCGAUGGCAAAUGGGCAGCAGGUGGCAUCAUCUUCUCCUGGGUUUGGGCCAUCAUCUGGUGCACCCCUCCAAUCUUUGGCUGGAGCAGGUACUGGCCCCAUGGUCUGAAGACAUCCUGUGGCCCUGAUGUGUUCAGUGGCAGUGAGGAUCCAGGAGUGGCCUCCUACAUGAUCACCCUAAUGCUUACCUGCUGUAUUCUUCCUCUGUCCAUCAUUAUCAUUUGCUACAUUUUCGUCUGGAGUGCCAUCCACCAGGUCGCCCAGCAGCAGAAAGACUCAGAGUCCACUCAGAAGGCAGAGAAGGAAGUGUCCAGGAUGGUGGUAGUGAUGAUCCUUGCCUUUAUUGUGUGCUGGGGACCAUAUGCCUCCUUUGCCACCUUCUCUGCAGUGAACCCAGGUUAUGCCUGGCACCCACUGGCAGCAGCAAUGCCCGCUUACUUCGCCAAGAGUGCCACCAUCUAUAAUCCCAUCAUUUACGUCUUCAUGAACCGCCAGUUCCGGAGCUGUAUCAUGCAGCUGUUUGGAAAGAAGGUGGAGGAUGCAUCAGAGGUUUCCGGCUCUACCACAGAAGUUUCUACAGCCUCGUAAAAGUCUGUGCUGCCCUCUACUGCGCAAAUACAUAUCACACAUGGACUGCAGUCAUUAUCGACCUGCACUGUACGCUACAUUCAUUAUGGUCACUUAGCAUAGCUCAGACACACAAAGGAAUAUUUUUAUGUCAUAUCAGGACUACAUAAUAGUGGCUAUGAUGACAUUUAUCAUUGAGAGUGCAGUGUGUUCUGACAUAAGCUCAGAUGUGCUCCUGGUGUGUUCGCUUUUGCACCCGGACAUGCUUUUCCUUCCCAAUAUGUUGGAAUUCACACACACAAUACUCUCAACCCAAUGACCUCUGCUACUGAAUAUCAACAGCUGAACCAGAAGAGCUGAAAGGGGUCCCUCACCCCCCCUCUCAUAAACAUAUAAAGAAGACAUUCUCCGCGCCAAUCACAGCUCUGUAUCAGUCAUCAACUAUUUAUGUCGUACUGCAUUGGUUGUCACCUGGAGGAACCUAAGGAGUGCUGGUGUAAAACUAUAGGCUUCUAGAAACAGAGAUGGCCUACACUUGUCUUUGCACCUGUUGGGUACUAUAGACUAGAAAUGCAUUUUCAAAAAAUGGAAAAAAAAAACAAACAAACAAAUGUAUGUAUUAUGUAUGUUCCUUGUUUUUCUUUAGCAAAUAAAGCUAUGUUUGCAAUUCAAA